AUGUUCUGUAAUGUACUGGAAUUUGAAGCACCGAAGUUGAACCUUAUGCAAUUCUUUUCGCUGGAUCCUAUAUCACUGGCGCUACCUGAAAAAGAGCUGCAUAAUUCUAAGAAGGUCACUUUAGAUAAUGUGAAGAAAAUAAUGUAUCAUAAAUCUUAUUUUAACUUUUCUGGGAAUUUGCCGCAGUCUAUUAAUCUUUUGAAUCUCUACUACACUCAUUUAAACGCAUUUUCAGAGAAGUAUUCACAUCUUAUUAUUGGAGAAAAUAGGUUAUCCGAAAAACUCUUUAGUAUACUACUAAAAUGUUAUCAACAUUCUUUUCUCUCAAGAGUCACUUCUAGGUUACUGUUCUAUUUAUUAAUGAGUCUAUGCUUCAUUGCACAAAAUAUAUACCUUCUUCUGCAUUGGUCAUACUUCCCCAUUGUAACAAUAUCUGCAACACUACAGCAAAUAGAUCUUCGAUGCCAACAAAUUGCAUACUUUCCAGUCCAGUACUUAAAAAUAAAUAAAAAUGUUACCAUCAGAAAAGCACUCCCUCGAUUUCGAAGCUAUUCAGAAGCAUCUGCAAGCUUGAGAAGCGAGUUGCCGUGCAAAUUUUACCCAGAUUAUAUUAGAUUAUACAAUACCAUAUGGCUGAUAGUAAAUGACGUGUCGUUUGGCCUGAUAAUUGGUGCCAUUUUACACGACCAGCACGAUCAAUUGGUAAAUAUAGUGGCGUCCUCGAUACAGUUCUGCUGCUAUGAUUCUAUAAAGAAGAUUACCAUAUUUCUUUCAAACAACCCGUUCGGUAUUAAAUUGAAUGAAGAGCUUGCAUCAUUUCUCAGUGAACUGUUUCUAUGGAUUAUUGAAUUUACAUUCAACGGAUUUGCUAAAUAUUUUGUGGAUAAAAGCAAUUUGAGUUGGUUUCUUUCUUUACUUACUCAGAUUAUGUGUUUAUCCGGUGCAUCAUUUGGUUUAUCGCUAAUUAUGGACUUUUUCUCUAUUCUUUCUCUCCACUUAUAUUUAUUUUAUCAUAUAAGUGGUAAACUGUAUCACUGGCAACUUAAUUGUAUGAUAAGCCUAUUUUAUCUUUUCUGCGGCAAGAAAAGGAAUGUACUACGUGACAGAAUUGACCACCAUUUCUUCGAACUUGAUCAAUUGCUUAUGGGGACAUUACUCUUUCUGAUUUUGGUCUUUUUAAUGCCUACUGUUCUUGCCUUUUAUAUUUGUUACACAAUUCUCAGGCUUAUGGCGAUGUGUGUAGAGAUUUUUCUCGAGUCAAUUAUUGGUUUAAUUAACCACUUCCCAUUGUUUGCGUUACUGUUGAGAAUAAAGGACCCUAAGCGAUUACCGGGUGGAAUCUCUAUCAAUUGGAAUAGAACUGAACCAGGGUUGACCAUUUUUACAUUAGAAAACAAUCCUCUGAAGAUUAGUAGAAUGUUUAGACCUUACUCCAUUCUAAUGAGUAAAAUAAGGUAUAAUUAUUUUUCAAGUUACACUGCAAGACAGAUACUGAAAGGACUUCCGUUGACUUUAAAUAGGACUAAGCUUUACCAUGUUUUAUAUUUUUCAUUACCUGAUGGACCUAUCAAAGCCAGGGACAUCUAUGCAAAGCUUUCAGAUGCCCUAGCCAACCCUUAG